AUUGAGCUCAACUAGUUACACGGUUAGCACUAAUUAAGCUGGCCAAUGGAUCAGGGGGGAAAGGAAGGAGGAGGGGGAGGAGAAAGCACCAGGUACCGUGGGGUUAGGAAGCGGCCGUGGGGGAAGUACGCGGCGGAGAUACGCGAUUCCAACAAUCAUGGGGCACGUGUCUGGUUGGGGACUUUUAACACGGCGGAGGAGGCUGCUAGGGCUUACGAUAGGGCGGCGUAUGCCAUGAGAGGGCAAUCGGCUAUUCUUAACUUCCCGGAAGAGUAUCCCAUGGCUAGUGGAAGCAGAGGUGGUACUUCUGCUUCCCAUUCGGAAGCCUCUUCUUCUUCAUCGGCAAUGCGAGGCGGCGACCGCGGUAGGCAGGUUAUUGAGUUCGAGUAUUUGGAUGAUCAGGUGUUAGAGGAUCUCCUUGACGAUACAGAGAAAAAGGGUAAGAAAAAAUAAGAAGUGGCUUUAGAAUUUUCCAGGUACUUUAGGUUGAAGUGAUGACUAUAUAUGUAUACAUCUCAAGCUCUGUUGAUAAAGCACUCAGUUCAGAGUGCAGAGUGUGUUUUUUCACUUCUUCUUUCUAAAGAAAAAAUUAUUAGUAACUAUAUAUUCUGGUUUUUUCCUUAAAAAGAAAAAAUGAAAAGUUUUACUUGAU